AGAUACUAUUCGGCGGAAAAAUACCCAAAUGAGGAAUUGUAUUCAGCCUCUAGAAAUGCUGGCAAUAACACUGAAAGAGAUACUGGAACUGAUGAGGCGAGAGAAGGAUGCGGAGAAAGAACUGUCGAGUGCUGUACGCAGGCUGGUACGCUGUGAACUGCGCAUGCUCGCCGCCAUCUGCCCUCCACAACUGUUGCAGAAUGGCCGUGCCUGCUUCACUGCUGAUGCUAUCAUUGACAGUGUACACAGUGUUAUAGAGGCAGAUGUUGCUGGAGAAGCUGUUGAAGAUGAUGCAGUUCGUUUGUACUUCUUGAAUGAACGCUUUAUGGAUCAUUUUGAGGAUAUGAUGGAAGAUGGGCACUCACUAAUUGGAAGCAAGGUUGUUGAUAUCCUUGAUUGCUGCGUCGUUUGCGAUUAUGAGCUGGUGGUCAGUAAAUCUGAUGGGCUGUGUCGAAUAGCAGGUGUCUAUCAGACUGGUAAACUAAGUGUAUUGGAGCACCCACCUGCCAUCCAGGCUUCUAGCAGUGGUGAUUCGAGAGGUAGCCAGCCAGCUAAACAAGACCUCAGGAGUUUUCUCAGGUACCUUCGGAAUACUGUGCGCUGGAAUAAUCUUCUUGAUUGUCUUGAUAAAGGUGCUAAUCAAACUAAGAACAAACGUAAAGCUGUAACACUCAGAAAUGGAGCUGAAUGUGGUGGCAAUAGUGCCAUUGUACAGAAAAUACUCAAAAGGCAUGGCCACAGACAAACUGGUGAUCCAUCUUUUUCAAUUACUUUGGACCUGAAGUGUGUGAAGCAAAUGUCACCUCUAAGACUGCAGUCAAUGGAGUGGCUGCCUAACCAAACUACAGAGAAGAAGGAAAAUUCUGGAUAUGAUUUCAAUCUUGAGAUGAAAGUGAAGUGCAUACAAGGCGAGAGCUGUCUACAGAUAUUCCAGUCAACAAAAGAAUGUCUUGUUGUCCAAAACAAUUGCAAAUGCUGUUAAAAUUGCCUCCUGUUAUCAUGACGAUCCUUGCAAAAAAAUCAUUUUUUUUUUUUUUAACAUUGACAUUGUCCUAACUUCAUCCCAUGUUUUGAAAAAGUAUGACUCUGUAAGAAACGUAUUUGGUCACAUUUACACAGCUCUUUAAUCAUACUGCCUUAGUAAUUUGCUUCCAGUUGCACCUCUAAUAUGUAACUAAUGUUAUUUCAUUUUUGUUUAUGUAAACUUGUAGUCAGACUAUUGUUUCUUGUCAACUAUCAUUUACAUAGAGCUGCAUGAGAGAGUGAGGCAGACAGACAGAAUGUGGAGGUUUGGAGAUUUCUGUGGACAGACUGGCGGAGGACAAAAUAGGCUGGUUUCAUGCUAAUCACACUGAAGGAAAACACACUAGUACAGUCUGGAAGUCAUCCAGUAUAUCAGAUACGAAGCUCAAAAUAAUUUAUUUGUAGAAAUAAUGUAUAGGGAUAUGCCACCGAGAGGGAUAUGCCACCGAGAUUGUAAUAUUGGACUCCUGUUUGAGAGGAAUGGAGUUCAAAUCUCCAUUACGCUGUUUUAGCUGAGGUUCUCUGUCACUUCCCUAAAUCACUUCCUGCAAAUACAUGGGUAUUAAUUGUAUCAGAGGAAUCUUCAGUCAAGAAAACUAAUAAAUGAACCACAAUUGGUGAUCAGUCUUCAGGAAAUGAAAUGCAUAGUAGUGCAGAUAGAACUACUCUUCAGAACAAAUAGUUCCUUCCUUGGGGAGGAGAGAAGGUAGGUUGUGGAAGGUUAAAAGGAAGAACAAGUCAGACACCGGGAUGAGAGAGAUCCACUUGUAGUGUGGACGAGGGUAGACAAUGAUCAAGGGAAAUGUCAAGAAAGAGUAGAUCAUUAGCACUGUACCAGCUUCACUCCAUUAUAAGGACAAACCUCAUAAACAGGGUGUUUCACAAUUCCUAAUACAGGCUUUAGGGAUUGUAGAGGAGAGUUAGUAGAUAAAUUUUUGAUGAGGAGCCCAUGUCCAGAAAUGUACUAUUUGGAUGUAAAAUAAGUUUGAAGAUUAGAUCACUUUCGAAUCUCUCACUCUAUGUGAUCUACAAAUGCUCCAUGUGGUAACCCUGCUCUUCAUUGCACACACUGUAUUCAUUACACAUGGUGUAUCUGCUGCAGCAGUGAUUGUAAACAAAGAGCACAUUAUGUCAGGGGAGUGAUGAUGGCAGCCUGUUCUCAGUGAGGAAUCUGAAAGUGAUCCAAGUCUUCAAACUUAUUUUACAUCCAAAUGGUACAUAUCUGUACGCGGGUUCCUUGUCACAACUUUAUCUGCUGGACAAUACCUAGAAGCUUGUAAUAGGAACUGUGAAACACCCUGGACAUAUUUAAUAUCCACCAGGUAAUUAGAGUGAGUACAAUUAAGACUUAUUAAAAAUAAGUGGGAAGCCAUUAUACAUGAUGAUAUCUAUGUUUAUUUAAUGUCAGCUACAGAACAAAGGGACAUAGAGUUACUAAUGUCCAGCCAAGAUUUGUUCCCUACAGCCAUAUCCUUAGCAAGAUGAGGAAGACACCGUGCAAGGGCAACCAAUAAUUUAUUUCUAAACCUAGCAUGAAGCAUGUGUGUGUUGCACAAUA